GCGACUGGUGUUCUCUACGUCAGCGCAGCGAGCGCGAUGUCGGGAGCGAGCUCGGACAGCCGAGUUGCGUCAGUGCCGAGCGCGUGUUCGCCCCGGGCGCGCGCGUCCCUUUCAGCUCUGGGGCCCCGGCAGGGUUGGGAAGUGAUGGAGCGGGCGGAGGCAGAGGCAACCGCGUCCUGAGAGGAACCUGCGGAAGCUGCCGAGAUGGGAUCGGGCGCGGGCUCGCGCUUAGGGGCCCUCCUCUUUCAGUGGCUGCUGUUGUUUGGCUUGGUGGGCCCGGUCCUCGGCGGGGCUCGGUCAGGCUUACAGCAAACCUCACAUCUCUCUUCUUACGAAAUUAUAACUCCUUGGAGAUUGACUAGAGAACGACGAGAAGCCCCUAGGCCCCAUUCAAAUCAGGUAUCUUAUAUCAUUGAAGCUGAAGGAAAAGAGCAUAUUAUUCACUUGGAAAAGAACAAAGACCUUCUGCCCAAAGAUUUUGUAGUGUAUACCUACAACACGAAAGGGGCUCUGAUCUCUGACCAUCCUGAUAUGCAGAAUCAUUGUCAUUAUCGGGGCUAUGUGGAGGGAGCUCAUAAUUCAUCCAUUGCUCUUAGCGACUGUUUUGGACUCAGAGGAUUGUUGCAUAUAGAGAACAUGAGUUAUGGGAUCGAACCUCUGCAAAACAGCUCCCAUUUUGAGCACAUCCUUUAUCGACUGGAUGAUGUCCACCAAGAGCCUCUGAAAUGUGGGGUUUCCAACAAGGAAAUAGAGAAAGAAACCAUAAAGGAUGAAGAGGAAGAAGAGGCUCCUACCAUCACUCAGCUUCUUCGAAGAAGGAGAGCUGUCCUGCCGCAGACCCGCUAUGUGGAGCUGUUCAUUGUCGUAGACAAGGAAAGGUAUGACAUGAUGGGAAGAAAUCAGGCUGCUGUGAGAGAAGAGAUGAUCCGUUUAGCAAACUACUUGGAUAGUAUGUAUAUUAUGUUAAAUAUUCGGAUUGUGCUAGUUGGACUAGAGAUUUGGACAAAUGGAAACCUGAUCGACAUAAUUGGAGGGGCUGGUGAUGUGUUGGGGAACUUUGUACAGUGGCGGGAAAAAUUUCUUAUAACACGUCGGAGACAUGACAGUGCACAGUUAGUUCUGAAGAAGGGUUUUGGUGGUACUGCAGGAAUGGCAUUCGUGGGAACGGUGUGCUCAAGGAGCCAUGCCGGCGGGAUUAAUGUGUUUGGGCAGAUCACGGUGGAGACGUUUGCAUCCAUCGUGGCUCAUGAGUUGGGUCAUAACCUUGGAAUGAAUCAUGAUGAUGGGAGAGAUUGUUUAUGUGAAGCAAAGAGCUGCAUUAUGAAUUCAGGAGCCUCAGGUUCCAGAAACUUUAGCAGUUGCAGUGCAGAGGACUUUGAGAAGUUAACUUUAAAUAGAGGAGGAAACUGCCUUCUUAAUAUUCCAAAGCCUGAUGAAGCCUAUAGCGCUCCUUUCUGUGGUAAUAAAUUGGUGGACGCUGGGGAAGAGUGUGACUGUGGUACUCCAAAGGAGUGUGAACUGGACCCUUGUUGUGAAGGAAGCACUUGCAAACUUAAAUCAUUUGCUGAAUGUGCAUAUGGUGACUGUUGUAAAGACUGCUGGUUCCUUCCAGGAGGUACUUUAUGCCGAGGAAAAACCAAUGAAUGUGAUCUUCCAGAAUACUGCAAUGGUUCUUCUCAUUUUUGUCAGCCAGAUGUUUUUAUUCAGAAUGGACAUCCUUGCCAGAAUGACAAGGCCUAUUGUUACAAUGGCAUGUGCCAAUAUUAUGAUGCUCAGUGUCAAGUCAUCUUUGGCUCGAAAGCCAAGGCUGCCCCAAGGGAUUGUUUCAUCGAUGUGAAUUCUAAAGGGGACAGAUUUGGUAACUGUGGUUUCUCUGGCAAUGAAUACAAGAAGUGUGCCACUGGAAAUGCUUUGUGUGGAAAGCUUCAAUGUGAGAACGUACAAGACAUGCCUGUAUUUGGAAUUGUGCCUGCUAUUAUUCAGAGUCCUGGUAGAGGCACCAAAUGUUGGGGUGUGGAUUUCCGGCUCGGAUCAGAUGUCCCAGAUCCUGGGAUGGUAAACGAAGGUACAAGAUGUGAUGACGGAAAGAUCUGUAGGAACUUCCAAUGUGUAGAUGCUUCUGUUCUGAAUUAUGACUGUGAUAUUCAGAAAAAGUGUUAUGGACAUGGGGUAUGUAAUAGCAAUAAGAACUGUCACUGUGAGAAUGGCUGGGCUCCCCCAAAUUGUGAGACUAAAGGGUACGGCGGAAGUAUGGACAGUGGACCUACAUACAAUGAAAAGAAUACUGCAUUGAGGGAUGGACUCCUGGUGUUCUUCUUCUUGAUUGUUCCCCUUAUUGCAUUUGCUGCUUUUGUCUUCAUCAAGAGAGAUCAACUACGGAAAAUAUACUUAAGAAAGAAGAGAUCACAAACAUACGAAUCUGAUGGCAAAAAUCAAGCAAAAGUUUCUAGACAGCCAGUGAACGUUCCUCGACACGUUUCUCCAGUGACUCCUCCCAGAGCGGCUCCUGUACAUGCAAACAGAUUUCCAGUACCAUCUUAUGCAGCCAAGCAGCCUCAGCAGUUCCCAUCAAGGCCACCUCCACCACAACCGAAAGUAUCGUCUCAGGGAAACUUAACUCCUGCUCGCCCUGCUCCUGCACCUCCUCUAUACAGUUCACUUGCUUGACGUUUUUACCCUUCCUUUUGCAGAUAUCUUCAGGGAACUGAACUAAUCGUUUUUUUUUUCCUGAUAUUUUCUUGAAAAGACUUUCUUCCUGCUGCAACUAUGAAUAAAACAAGACCACAAAACAAAUGUUAUUAACCCAGAAAAACAGAAAUUGUGGGAAGAGUGGGAAUUGAGAAAUAUGAGAAAUGCAGUAAAACCAGAGAAUUUAGAAUAACAUUUCCAUUUCCAUCACUGAAUGAGUCUUAUUCAGUCAUCUGUGCAGUUAUUGCACCUAAUAUGGAUUAUGUUAUUUUGAAUAUGUUACUGUAAUGAUUCUCAAAUUAACUGUUGGUUUAAGUUUUGUCAUUUAUGUGCUUAAAUGUAAUUCUGAAUUUUGACCUUAGUUAUCAUUAAUGUAGUUUCCGGUUGAACAUGUGAUUAUCUAAGACCUAUGAAAACUAAUUAGCUGCCAAUAAUAUCUAAUAUUUUUCACCUUGCAUGUUUUAAUAAUCAUAAUAUGCUACAAUGUCAUCUAUCUCAUUGACCACAUAAAUAAAAGAAUAUUCUGUCUUCAGAAGAAUGCACAAAACCCACAAUUAGGAGAUCAUAAUAUUAUUUUGAAAGUACAAAAUACAUUAAAAGUAUGUAUGUGUGUAUUCACACGCAGUUCUUCCAAUUUUAUGAUCAUUCUAUGGAUAAAAGAUUCUGUGGAUUCUAUGGGUAAUAGAUUCUAUGGAUCGGUCUGUGGAUAAUGAAUAUUAUAAGAGUUAAUUUAAUAAUAGAAUUUCUAUUAUGAAUCAUGUUAAAAAGCAUGGCAUCCUUUUACAAUAGCAUUAUUUUAAAUAAACUUUAAGGUACGAAGUAUUUAAUAGAACUAAUCAGACAUGCUGUUGAUUCAUGGCUUAUAGUAAAGCAGGAGUAAUGAUAUCUUCAAUCAACCGAGCUAUCAAAACCACUUGAGAAUCUCAUGAGCACUUUAAGUCUAAAAUCUGAAACUUCAAAUCUUGCUAUUAAUAUAAUUUAGAAUGUUUACAUUUACUAAGGUGUGCUGGAUCAUGUCUGUUGACACUAAUAUUUUCAAAUAAAUUAGGCUGGAGAAAGAAGGGAAGAAAAGGUUUUCUUCUUAUAAAUGCAAAAGAACUAGUUUGUUGUCUGAGAGUUAUCCCAGCCUUAUUAAAAAAUGACUUUUUGCUAUGGAAGAAAUGGUAUGAAUGGUCAAAUUUUAAACACUUAAAAUUUUUCAUAACCUUUCAUAAUAAAGUUUAAUAAUAGGUUUAUUAACUGAAUUUCAUUAGUUUUUCAAAAAAUUUUGGUUUGUGUAUAUAUACACAUACAGAUAUAACAUUUGCAAUAAAUAAAAUACUUGAAAUUA